AUGCCAUUUCAACUGCAUCCAAGGACGGCGACUGUUAGUCCUUUGCCUGUGGUCAACCAAAACACGUUCGCCACGAAGAUAUUAACAAAAGAAAAGUACAAGAAAAUGUUCAGGCUUCUAAUUAUGACGACAAUACCGGCGUUCAUAGUGAUAUCCCAGAGCAUUAUAAACCUUAGACAAGAUUAUGAGCUUCAUCAGGCAAAUAAAAUUGUAAAAGACGGGAUACAACAAAGUUUGACGUUAAGCAAGGUGAUUCACCACAUCCAGAUUGAAAGAGGCACUACAGCACUGUACGUUUCUUCCCAAGGGGAUCCGUUUGUUAAAAAACGCCUGAUUACCUUUUAUGGUCGUACAGAUAUGGCUAUAGCAUCGCUCUCAAAACUGACAUUUGCCGCAAACUUUGACAGUUCAAAUGUCAGCUCCAAACUUCAGCUCAGUGAAUAUAUUUCGAACUUCCGGAGCGAUUUGCAUCCAAUUAAUACAACAUUAAAAGAGGUGAUAGAGUUUUACACUGAAAUAAACGCAGAUUUCAUUGCCAAAAUGGCAGAUUUUAUUAACAUAAAAAGACCAGUUAGUUUCUGGACAGAACUAGCUGCAUAUAUUUUGAUUACAUCAAGUAAAGAAGAAUCAGGAAUAGAACGCGCACUAGGGAGCACAUAUUUCGCAAGAGGGAACCUUCCGUUGGAAGAUCUUUUAUGGUAUACUGAAAAACACGUUUUAGGCAUUCGGCUUCUAGAUCAAGGAUUACAGUUCUCUUCAAAUGCAAAGACGCUUCUUUUUGCGGCUGUUGAGGGUACCAUUCUACUCGAUAGUAUCAUGAAAAUGCGACAUCAAAUAAAGAACAACACUCUAUCUACUCCCUCGGUACAACUGGGUACCUUGUGGUUCGAUAACAUGACAACAUAUAUCAAUAUUUUAGAAUUUGUGCUGGACAACCUUGCCGUUAACAUCGUGCAGAAUGCCGAUGAGGACAUUACUUAUCUAAACAAUAAGAUAGUAGCAGAUAUAGUACAGUCAUGUAUAGCUAUAGUCAUGAUACCAAUCGUGGUGAUCCUUGUGAGUAACAUCGUCAACAUAUCAAAUAGGCUUAAGGUAAAAACGUUCGAUUUAGAAGAAGAAAAACGUCAAACUGAAACACUUUUAACUGAAUUAGAAGAGGAACGUAAUCGAACAGAAGAGCUAUUACAUCAACUUCUCCCGAAGUCUGUUGCAAAAACUCUCAUGGAAAAUGGAAUCGUCGAUCCGGAAUCAUUUGACUCAGUCACUAUCAUGUUUUCAGACGUAGUGGGGUUUACUAAAAUAGCCAGUUCUAGCACCCCGAUGCAAGUCGUGCAGAUGCUGAAUAAACUUUAUAAGACUACAGAUGGACACUUGGAGAAAGUGGAUGCGUACAAAGUUGAGACAAUUGGUGACGCUUAUAUGGUGGCAUCAGGCUUACCGAAACGAAAUGGUGAACAACAUGUUGUGGAAAUCGCUACUCUAGCUAUUGGACUACAGGCAGAACAAAUUCUUAUUCCGCAUAAAGAAAACGAAGUUAUACAGUUAAGAAUAGGCUUUAACACUGGUCCAUGUGUUGCUGCUGUAGUAGGCAUAAGAAUGCCAAGGUAUUGUAUAUUUGGUGACACAGUCAACACGGCGUCGAGAAUGGAAUCAAGUGGUUUACCACUCCGAAUACAAAUGACACAAUCAAGUGCGUUUAAAUUACAACAGACGGGUCGUUUUGAGAUUUCUGAACGUGGUGAAGUUGAUAUAAAGGGUAAAGGCGUUAUGCUUACUUACUGGCUGGAAGGAAUGCAGUCCUAUGAUGUCGUGACUAUAGAAUCUGGGCAGGAGACUCAGGCGGAACAAUCCAAAGUGACUCAAGAUCCUACAGCAUCAGUAUCUGACACAGAGUUUGACAGUUCCCCUCAGGGCUCCGGAGUGAGUGGGACUGAUUCUCCCGGGCAUCAUGAGGACUGCGAGGAGAAUAUUCGAGUAGUCUGGGAGGGGAUACUGGUCAAUUGGGCGGCCGAGGAGGAUACCUCCGAGCGGCAAAUUGUACAUCCUAGUUGGGCUCCACUUGAGGCCCCCAAACCUCUUGAGCCUCCAGCUCUCAAUAGGCUGGAGGUUACAAUUCCCCUUGAGGAACCAGGGGCGGAUAUGUCCCUAUCCUCAUCUAAGCCUGAAAGUCCCUUGGCCUCGCCGAUGGUAGGGGAGUAUACGGCCCUGCUGGAAGGUGCGCAGUCCACCCGUCCAGUGGACUCUGAGACUAGUAUUCCCCCUUCCAUCCUACCAGCAUUGAGCGACUCGGGGGAGAGUGAAACGUCACUCAACUCCCUUGAGAAGCCAAGGUUAACCUUGACCCAAGAGGGUUUCCAGUUAGGGGGAGGUCCGGGACGGAAGUAG